UCUAAAGCGGAACUAAUUUAAUGAGGGGUUUUGUUUCAGUGAAAGCGGAGGAAUGUUUUGACCGCAGGACCGUUCCCAAACUUUGGUGGCUGGUACUGGCCUGGUGAUGGUCUGCCAUGGAGAGAGAUGCAGUGGAUGGAGAUCUGCUGGACUGUCCCUGGGUACCAGUGUGUAUCAGUGUGUCUCAGCUCCUGGCCAAGACCUGGUUUGGGGACACAGCGUACCGCAUCCUGCUCACGGACCUGCACUCUGUGUGGGAGGAGGAGAUGGACACCAGGGCCAUCCAGGACAGAGCUCAGGAGCUGAACAGGCGAUUGCGGGCUCCCGUCCACGCCUUCUUCUCUCACAUGUGUGAGGUGGCUCACCCCUGUUUGUCUGGACGGGUGGAGGAUGGGGGUGCGCCUCAGUUCUCCCUCAACCACCACGGCGGUGACAUCAACCUGAAGUUGAAGAGUGAGCUGGCAGGGGUGCCUUUCUACUGGGAAUUCCGCUGCACCCCUGCCCCUGUUGCUUUGGUGUGCAGUCAGCUUGUGCGCCCCCUGCUGUUGAUGAGCAGGUUACUGCAGAGACAGGUGGGCCAACUGGGAGCUCUGCUGGCCAGGAAAGACACUGAGCUCCAAGACUACAGGGACAAUGGGGCGGUGCUGAGCAGAGGUAGGCUCUACGUGCAUAGAAACAAAAAUACACUCAUUAAACACAACAUACACACCUGUUCCUCUCGUUGGUGUGUGUGUUUUGCAGAGCGAUUGCAGACAGAGUUGUUUGAGGAACAGAGCUACAGAGAGAACUUCCUGACACAGACUGUGCCACAGGUAUGUGCGAGGCAGGGCGGUCUGGGGUUUGACUCUGAGCUGCAGGAGCUCUACUCAGCCGUCACGUUCUACGGCAACACCAACGCUCGCAAACGUAAGAUCUCUGAGAGACACGCCCCCGAAGAGGACCAAUCCACCACAGAGGACCGUGACCCUAACCACGCCGCCAGCGGCACACAGCCCCCAGGAGAGGAGGUGAACCACGGGCUGGACCAGGUGAACCACGGGCUGGACCAGGUGAACCACGGGCUGGACCAGGUGAACCACGGGCUGGACCAGGUGAACCACGGGCUGGACCAGGUGAACCACGGGCUGGACCAGGGGGAUAAGAGGCAGACUGGAUGGGGGGUCCGAGCCAGAACCACAGACUCAGAGAGACCUAAUGAGGAACAGACUACAGUUCCCAUGGCUGCUGCCGCAGAUCGGCCUCCGCGCGACCCAAGAAGAAGAAAGCUAAGGGGCUUUUUGGAUGACCUCAGAACCAGUAGUGCACCGAACACUAUGGAGACUGCCUGUGACUACGUCCCAAAUGACACGGUCAAAAGUAGUGCACUAUGUAGGGAAUGGGGUGUCUUUUGGGACGCCGUCUAUGAGCACUACCACCACCUGACAUGUUUUUCAAGUACUCAUCUACUGAUAUGUCCUUUUUUUAUUAUUAUUAUUUUUUUAUUCAAUAAUUAGAUAUGCAUGUUUUUCCUUGGCAUUGUUUGAUGGAUGUGUAUUUUUUAAUUGUCUAAAUAAUAAAUAAUAUAAGUGUUA